GGUUCGGGCUCAGAUUUCCCAGAUGUCUCUGCGCGUGUCUGCAAUGUCUGAAUGUCCGCCAUUCUGGUGGCUGGAGGGUCACUCAGCUGGCAGAAUUACAUCAAAAACUGAGCCUCCCAGUGGCCUAAAUGCCGAACACUGCCCAAGAACUGAAGGAGAAGUUUCUUAGGACGCUUGAUAAUGACAAUAAUGUGGUUGACAUGGUGGGAGUUCUGGAGACUAUCUCUGCCCUGGAGAAGUUCCCAAUUACCAGGGAGGCAUUGGAGCAAACACGACUUGGGCGUUAUGUUAAUGAAAUGCGUAGGAAGACCACAAACAAAGAACUUGCAAGGAGAGCUAAAGACCUUGUCCGCUCAUGGCAACAGUUGGUUGCCCCCCAAACUACAAAUACAAUUAAUGGAGAUAACGUAGCAUUACGAUCUGGGGGUUAUCAAGGCCAAAGACUAAGUCCAAGAAUUACGAUAUCCCCAGCUUUAUCUCAAACGAGCAGGGUGAGCACGCCACGUGGACAUGCCUCUCCUGCUCUGGGGCCUGGAGCAGUGGCUUCACCUGCCUUGUCCACAGGAAAGGGUAAUAAAUACAAAGCUCAAGGUUCUCCUGCUAAACUAGCAGGCAGUCGGAGUUCUCCAGCAGGUUUAUCACAGAGCAGUUCACCUGGAAUGCCUCCCACCAGGAGCAGACCCAUCACUCCAGUUUCCGGAGGGUCAAGUCGAUCAGGGACUCCUAUAAAUGUCCAACAAGCAACCAAAAUCUCUCCAGGCUUGCCACGAGCUUCAAGGCCUGCCACCCCAGGGAGUGCUCAGGCCAGUCGCCUCUCCCCUGGGGUGGUACAGCCAGGUGGCAGACAGGGAGCAGGGAAACUAGUCAGUCCAGCUGUAAUGGAAAGAACAAAAACUUCCAAUGGAUUUGAAUGUCAUUCCAUAUCACCUCCUACAGUAUCUUCAGUUGGUGUCAGUGAAACGGUAGAUCGAACUAAUAUAGCAAAUAGAAAGAGGCAGCGUAAUGGUGAUACUCUCCCAGAACAGCCUUCAAAAAAGACACCAGCAUUAGUAGGCAGUGAUUCAAAAGAUAGUAAAGAAAAUGCAUGCAGUACAACUGUGAAUGGACUUCUUUCAAUCAAAUGUGAUAGAAGUGGGGGUGCCGUGCAAUCUCCAGCAAUUAAGUCAUUAAGCCGGUCAUCUUCGGCAUCCUCACUGAAUACUCAAGCAGCCAUAGCGUUAGAAUCAAAGAUUUCACCUAGUGGUUCUUCUUCAAAAGGAGGACUAUCAAACAGAAGGAACACGAACCUCUCAUUGAAAACAGAAAUGGACAAAUCAAUGGUCACAAGUAGAACACCAAAAGUGAAAACCACAGCACAACUGAUUGCUGAACUGCAAGCCAAAAGUAGUUCCCCUAAUCUGGGUAGUAAGACAAUUAAGAAAAUCCAGACAAAUCAGAUUCAGAAGGAGGUUGAAGUCCAAGAGUCCAUUGUUCCGGCAGGGGCCAAGCCAAGACCCAGGCGUAAUCCCAGCGUGGGAACUCCUACACAGCUCCCCAGGGUUGGUGAGGUGACACUUAGCCAAACAAAAACAGAACUUGUGCAAAAAUUCCUACAGUCAUCUGUAACACCCGAGGAUUUAUCUAGUCCCCUUGAUUCAAUAGGAAGGACACAAUCUCCUGCCAACUUUGAUGUCAGCUUUGCCAAUAGUGACUCUUUACCAAAUUCUGCUGAUGUAAGUCUUCAGUCUGUGAAAAGUGAGUUGGAUAUAUAUAAAGAAGUAAUAAAUACUGAAGAGACUUACCCCAAGGAAGAAUUAGAUCCAUAUAGUUUACUUCCUCCUCUAAAUCUUGAUGAGAUAAAAUUAGAAGAAGAGAGUAAUGGUGACGAGGUGCAGUCACUCCCUGAAGUGACAGAUCUGACUGUUGAACGUUUAAACGAAGAACGGUGGCCUGGGAUAAAUGGAAAUUAUGACUGUGACGGAGAGUGGAAUGACUGGUCAAAAACUAUUUCUAUGCCAACAUACGAAAGUGAGACUUUACAUAUUUUGCCCUAUGUAAAUAUUGAUGACUAGCAAGAAAUACUGUUUGAUAAAUAAUCUUAUUAUUUGUAAAGUAUUUUUUUGAUUGAGGAAAAGAUGGUAUGUGAAGUGUUCAACUUCAAUUUGAUAGUGUCAGUCCAUUAUUUCAUACUUUUUUUAGAGAAGUUAAAGCUGUAUUUAAGAGACGUUCAUUUGGAUUUAUUCAUGAAAUUUAUUGAAUCAGACAUGAUUGCAUAAUUUCCUGGUUUUACCAGCAGCAGAAAGUUUUGUAUCACCAGGCAACAAAAAAUGGGCUGUCUCUUGCUACUAGUGAUCAGAUUGCUAAGUAAUAGGUAAGCUGUCCUUAAUAAUAAGCAGCAAUGUGUUGUGCACUGUCUAAGAGAUAUCUACUGCACAUUGCUGUACAGUAUCUUUGCAUUGAGAUAUAACUUGAUAUGUACAGUUAACGGAGCCCAAUGAUCUCAAAAAAAUUGGUAGUGUAGAGACACUGUACAGUAAGAAAUUUUUGAAAAGGCAUACUUGAGGAAAAAUAUUUUAACAAAGUAACUUUGACCGCCUAUCUGCAUUGUUGUUGAAUAACAAAGAUGUUAUAUUAUAAAUUAUUGAUCUUUAAUUUACCAUCUCAUUUUAUAUUGCCUUGAAUUCAGUUUGCCAUAUUCAUUUGAAUUUAUAUUUGAAGGCACAAUGCCUGGUAAUUCAGAAUACAGACAGAAAAAUAUACUAAUAUAUAUAUAUACAUAUUAUGUUAAAGCAAGUUUACUGUACAAAAAGAGGUUGAAAUUUGUGCUAGGUGAAGAAAUAACUUCUGAAAGACUAUAAGAUUUGUACAUUUAAGUGUUUGUGAACUUAGAAGAUGCUUUCAAUCCAAACCAUGUCUUAAAACCAAGUUGAUACUGUUGCAUCUGGUGAUAUGGUCCAGGCUUCUUGUCUGAUAAAAUGUCUAAUGUGAUUUAAAAAAAUAAAUAAAAAUAAAAAAGUUGAAACAAUA